UUUGGAUACUUGGAAUUAGAAAAGACGACCUUGAAAUUCAGACAAGAAGCUGAAGCUAUAAAUACUCCGACAACUUGGAAGUCGAGCAAGAUACAGUUCCAAAACCCAAUAAAAAACCUUAAGCGCAAAUCCUCAUUUUUGUACAAUUCUGCAAAAGGAAUGAGUUUUCUUGCGGGCAGAUUAGCAGGAAAAGAAGCAGCCUUCUUUUUCCAAGAAUCCAAACACGCCGUUAACCGUCUGGCCGAGAAAAACCCCAAGAGCCUCCCAUCCACCCCACCAUCACUCGAGCAAGAAGCUCAAGCUGACGUCCUUCCAGAGGUCCUGAAACAUUCUUUGCCUUCCAGGAUCUUGGGCCAACGGUCUGAUCCUUCAUCUCUCUCGAAGGGCUCCAAGUGGGCCCUCCAUUCUGAUCCAAACAAUGCCUCCAUUUCCUCCCCCGAUGCCAUGAACCCUCUCAGGGCUUACCUUUCUCUGCCCCAGGUAACCUUUGGCCCCAAAAGGUGGGCGUUGCCAAGUACGGAGCAUUCGGUUGUGGCAUCGACGGCUAAUGCAAUGCGGAAGGACAAAUUUAUCCCUAUCAAUCCGGAGAAGUUGAAGGCGGCUGCUGAAGGACUUCAACAAAUUGGAAAAGCUUUUGCGGUUGCAACUGCAAUUGUAUUUGGCGGGGCGACCUUGUUGUUUGGGAUGGCAGCCUCCAAAUUGGAGCUGCACAAUAAACAUAAGGACAGCACAUUUGAUCCCAUCACACAUGAUGCUGUUAUGUGUUAUUCUAAUGAUGAUGACAUGCUUAUCAAAUUAAUAUACCAAUACAAACACUUGCUUCCAAACCAAAUGAGAGUCUUUUCUCAUGUGUUCCAAGUUAGGAAAUGCACUGAAACUGCCCUGCAUUUAGGGAGUGAUGACAUCAGAACAAAAGGGAAAGACCUGGUUCAGCCUAAAUUGGAGAUGAUCAGAGAACAACUUUCCCCCAUAAGAACUUGGGCUGAAAACAUGUCAAAGAAAUGGAACCUAGAAAGGGAGGAAGCGAUUAAAGAAAAACCUAUCAUAAAGGAGCUUUCUAAAAUUUUAGGGGCAAAAACAUCUAAUUGACUUGUGUGUGUAUGUAAAUUUGGAAUCAAUACAAAUCAGACCGCAUCUCAAUAAAUCAAAAGGCCAGAAAAGUUUCCUUACAUCGCCCUUUGAAAUAGCCAUGAAGCACUCAAGUUCGGCUGCAGCAAACAGAUCUAGAUUCAGAAAAUCAUAAGGGCAAGCUGCUUAACCUUAUAGUAGCAGAACACAGGUUACUGACCAUGUAAGGAUUCAGCAGGGACAAGCUGUAUGAGUCAAGAAAAUCUCCAUUGAUUGCUUCAUAAAUCCCUGCUCUUGAAGAAGGCACAAAUUUUUAAGCUGUAUCAUGUCUACAAAUUCAUAUGUUUCACCAUGUUGAAGAAUAUAAUUCAUCUUUUUCUUUCCCC